AUGUUCGGCGCGAAGACGGAGCACGGCAUCAUUGCGUUCGCCAUCCUGUACGGCUUUUUUUCUGGGUGCUUCCUUUCCAUGGCCGCACCAAUGAUCACUGUGUUCGCGAAGAGCGUUGACGAAGUUGGCAUCCGCAUCGGAUUCGCCUGCUUCAUUUUCAGCUUUGCCCUCCUCACCGGAAACCCGAUUUCGGGUGCGCUCCUGCGCGCACCCGAAUACCUGUGGAGUCAUGCGAUCAUAUUCAAUGCG